AUGCAACAACACCGUAUUCUUCAUCAGCCAGCGGCUUUAAAUUUCACGACAGUAAUCAACGGGGUCGUGCAUUUUUGGAAUCCUAUGGUAUUUGGUAAUAUCUCUUCGAGUCAAAGUAGUAUCAUAAACCCGUGUUCCCUGAAGACUGUGAGGAAGAAGACUUUGAUUAUAAACCCCUCUAGAAAUAUCAAAUGUUUUGCCAAACAAAAUCUUGAAGAGGUAUCUGAUGACAACGAUGACGAGCUUUGUCCUGUUGAGUGUGUACGAGAGUUUAAGACGGAUGAGGAGUUUUUGAGGAUUCUUGAAAAGGCCAAAGAAACAAAUGCAUUAGUUGUUGUAGAUUUCUACCGAACUUCUUGUGGAAGCUGCAAAUACAUCGAACAGGGCUUUGCUAAACUUUGCAAGGGAUCCGGGGAUGAUGAAGCUGCAGUUAUUUUCUUGAAACACAACGUACUCGAUGAAUAUGAUGAACAGUCUGAGGUUGCCGACCGACUUCGCAUCAGGAGCGUCCCGCUCUUCCAUUUCUACAAAAAUGGGGUGAUGUUGGAGGCAUUUCCGACGAGGGAUAAAGAACGGAUACUUGAAGCCAUCCUCAAGUACACAUCUCCGGCUUUCUCGAGAGGAUGAGUCGAUGUUGCAAGCUCGACGUUGUCGACGAAGAAUCGAGUUCGAGUUCGGGUCGAAUCGGAGUAUAUAUACACGCAGGAUUGGUAAAAAGAUACGUAUGAAUGAAUGAACCAUUGUGACUUGUGA